CUGCAUCAUUGAAGCCGUCUAUGCGGCCGGCAGUGCCCCUCCCACUGUCACCACCACCGCCCAACCUGACACACAUGGAAAGACAGACAGCAUUCCCUUCGUCGUGUGUGUACGCAUCUUCUGCUCGUGUCAGGCGUGUUUGAUGCAUACAUACCUCAGCUGUCUAUUGGUCGAAGAGGAUGGCUGAGAUGACGGCCCCCAGCACCACACGCGCCAGCCGAUAAGUCACUGGGAAGCGGUCCUUGAAGACACCGCCUUCGUCAGACACAGCCGACUCGGUCGUCUUGACCCACACAUGCACUGCAAACAAAUAAAAGGGGAGCACAUUUCCUUUCCCUUGCUGUGCCGUACUGGGCUGGGCUGACCGUUGUUGUUAAUGUAGGGGCUCUCCAUGAUGAGAAUCCAUGCCACGAACGAUUGGCGCUGGGCAUCGGUCAGGACGAGGCGACGCCGAGGGAGGCCGCCAGUGAAGCGGGCUGAUGUCGUGGUAGUGCAUCCCUCUACUGGUGUGUGGGGGGACUGUGUCAGCAGGUUGAGCAGCCGGUUGUUGUCGACAUGCCUGACGGAUCAACACUACACACACUCAUGUGUCAUGACAAUGCCCACACAGAGUAAUGCCCCGCCUCACCUGUCGAUAUCACGGCCAGUGCUGUUGAUCUGGUGAGUCCACCUGAAGUGGCUGAGGAUGAUCGUCUUGAUAGACGACGACACAGACGAGCAGUCGUAAGGAAAGGUUAGCACCACCCUUGUCAGACACUGAUGCAGAGAAAGAAAGAAAGAGAGAGAGAGGGAGGGACGGAGGGAGGGAGAGGAAAGCAAAGCAUCGUCAGCGAGAACACCGAGAUGGCCCACCAUAUAUACUUAAAGAGGGAGGCCAUGGACGGAUGUAUAUAUGUGUACGAAUAUGUACUGUACAUAUAUGUAUAGAGGUGUAUAGAGGUGUAUACAGAUGACAUACAAAUGCGUACACACAUACAGAGAGAGAGGGGGCCGACAUGAGACAAGGCAGCAGAGAUCGACCGACCGAGAGCACAUACGACCACCCCACCUCAUGCAGCGGACAGAACAUGUCGACACGAGACACACCGCCACCGGUGGGCUGUGUCCUCACACAGAUCUGGAGCACAUACGAUCUUCUGGCUUCUCUGAAUGUCACCCAUCACACCGCCACCGCGACACCACAUGUAUCCGCACAGCAUCAGCAAGGAGGAUUGGACCGCAUCGCUACAGUGUCCAUUCGGAUGGCAAUGAGAGCGGUCAGCAAAACGCCUCGGCGACCGAGUGGAAUG